AUGGUGGUUUUCAUUGACUUCGACGACGAUGCGCUUAGCCCGCAUCAUAUCUCGGGUCCCUCCAAUCCCUUCCUACAUCCCUACAUAGAACCCAAAAAGCCUGGGUUAUCCGAACUAUUACCUGUCAAACCGGACGAGCCGCAUCGUGCAGCGGAUGUAUCCGCGGACAGUGAUCGCUCCGCAGACCCGUUACACAGCAUUUCUCCCAUCUCUAAAGCGCCACAACAAGAUCCAAAUCGGAAUGCUUUCUCAGCUGCUCUGAGCUGCUAUCCGAUUAUCAAAGCAAUUGCUCGCUCGGUGGAUUUGAAUACUCUACACGCCCUUUCACGAACAUGUCGUCAAUUCCACGCCAACCUGUCUCCCUAUCGCCCGCAGCUGGUUAAGCAGACCUUGCGUUGUGACAAUGAGUAUAUCGAAACACUAUCGGACAUGUUGGACAGCGGAGCUUGCAUUCCCGACAGCGUCAAGUCGGUUAUGCGUUUGCUCAGCCAGAAUGCCAGAAGCUCCGGACGCCUGACCAGUGGCAAAAUCUCUAAAUGCGCCCGAGAUAUGGUGGCCGAAUGCCGUCGAUGUUCCAAGGUUGUGUGCCGGAAUUGCGUUAUCAAGCCUCCAUCCAGCCACAUGCUCAGACACCGCAUUCGUCGUCUCUGCACCACUUGUCGCACGGCCCCUCUGAAUGAGCUUAUCGAGCAACCCUACGAACAUGCUCAUCCACAGAACAUCUACACACAUGCGCCUUCACAGCCUCCUCAGUCCAUAAUCUCGGCGUUCCAACGUACGCCUUGCUCCUGCGAUGAUGCUAUAUGGCUUUGUCAUCAAUGCGGACACCAAGUACGCAGCAGCGAUACCACCUACCGACGGGUAUGGACGUGGCGCACCCGUUAUAGUACCUAUCUUGGUGGCCUCGGCACUGGGAUUGGAGAAGGCUGCCAAGGCGUCAAGUGCGGUAGAGGAGAAGAUUGCCUCGCAGCCCAAGAAAUUGAGCUAGAGGUAGAAUGCGAAGCGGACGAAGCCUCAGGGAGCCCCCCUGACUAUGGUCGCUACUAUGAACAUCGCCACAGCCAGAGUCCUCCACGACACCACAAUCACGCCCAUGACGGCUGGGAGCAUCGUGAGGAAGAAGAACCGGGCUACUUUCGACAGGAGAUUAUCGGCAUCGGAGGCCGCGUCAAACACAAGGCGAAAAAACGAGUCACGGUGGGUGCUUGCGUAGUAGAGCAUGAAGAUGAGCGUGAAACAGGCGAGUAUCUUACUAGAGAGGAGCGGGGACAGCAUAGAAGCUGGUGCGGAUGGUGUUGGAGAGUCAUUCCGGCCAGAGAUGAGCUGUGGAGUGUCAAAUGA